AGUGCACUCCAGAACAGACUGCAAGAGACAGUAUACCUUAGUUAUUGUUAAAAUUUCAAUGGCAUAGACGACGAAUAUCCAACAUUAUGGACAACGGAAUGAAAUUAAAACAACCUCUUGAUAUUGGCGAAGUGCUCAGUGAUGGGGCAGAGUUUCAAGUAGACAAGGAAUUCCUAAGCGACAAUUAUGGCGAAGAACUCUAUUUCGAAGGUGACUACAGUAGUGGAGAUGAGGACGAGGAAAACAGCACACAACAGGUAACUCCUUGGAAUGGGAGCUUUGACGAGCUGCGCAAAGAGAUGCAACCUAUUUCGCAGUUGAUCUACAAGCGCAUAACGAAGGAAGGCGUUGGCAAAUGGCAAUCAAGCAACAUUCGUGUUACUAUAGAAUACAAUGCCUUCAAUGAGCACGCACUAACGCCGUUCGAUUCCAGCAAGCUACGCAAGGUACCGUGCCGGUUCAUACUGGGUGGCGGCGAUGUACUUCCUGGGUUGGAUCAAGCUGUGCAGACGAUGCUGGCAGGCGAAGAAGCCGAAUUUAUUAUUUCAUAUAAGCUCCUCUACGGAGAGGUAGGAUGUCCACCCCGCAUCAAACCGAAAGCUGAUGGCCUUUUUGUGAUUAAACUGAUCGGCUUCGUGGAACUGGAGACGAACGCUGCCAUUGCUAUUGAGCCAGAUUGCAAGGAACGCCGGUCGUAUGCGACGGCAAAAGAGACUGUAGCCGAGAUGCGCAAAGUCGCCAAAGAGUCUUACCAGCGUGAUAUGGUUCCGAACGCGAUCGAUAAAUACAAGGCAGCCGUUAACAUUCUUCACAAGUGCCAAUUGAAAGACGAGGCGGAACAGAAAGAGCAAGAGGAAACAUUGAUCUUACUGUACACCAGCUUGGCCGUAUGCUACAACCGUAGGCAACAACCGAAGGCCGCCUGUAAUAUGGUGAACGAAAUUCGUCGCCUUUGUGACAUCAACCAAAAUGCUAAGGUGCUCUAUCAAGAGGGAAAGGCUCUACUUAAGCUAGGUGAAUUCGAAAGAGCCCGAAUCUGCCUGAAGCGUGCCGAGAAACUCCUGCCAGGCGACGAGAACAUUGCAGCGUCCCUGAAAUCGCUGAACAUUAGUACCGAAAAGUAUCGUCAGGAAGAAAAAAGCAUAUGGGCACGUGCAAUGGGUAUGGCCACUAAAAAACAAGAGCAAUCAGUUGAUGAACUGAAAAGGUUUACCGACUCCGUCAGAGGUGCGAUAAACAUGUUCAUUAAAGAUGCCAUAAGCACCACGUUGCCUCUGCCGGAGCAUCUAACGGAGCAGGAGAUAAAAAUUUUACAUGAGUUGGCCGAUGAGUUUAAGUUAAAGCUUACUGCUCAGCUUUAUGAGAACAAAAAACAGUACAAAUUUACAAAAUAACCUUAAUGUGAAUUCCUAUAGUUUAAAAAAAUUAACUGUAUUUUUCUCUAGAAACCGAAAGUAUAAAGGUAACAAUAAAUAUAACACCACGUUGCACGAACUGCAGGA